AUGGGGGAGAAACGGCGCCCGGGAGGGAGCCUGCUCCCCAUUAACACACUAACGAACCGGUCAAGAGAACUGCUGCAACACCUGGCUAACCCUGGAAUACCUCAGAAAAAGCGUUUUUUCCCCGUACCCGCCGCGGUGGUGCCGCUGCUGCUGCUGCCUGCCAAAACCUAUAACGUGCUGGAGCAGCUGGACGACCAGUUUGACGGUAUCAGAUACGGUGCAAGCAAUGAUCCUGCGAAAAAGUUGAUGGAUCUAAGGCUGCUGCCUGUACGAGAGCCCUUGGACCCCGGCGGUUUGGUGCAGGCGAUCGACAACGAUCUGCCUGAAACCAACAACAUUCUCCGCGAAAGUAUCCUCGAUCUGUGGAUAGACCGUUUUGAAAAGACUGAUUCUGAGACGCCAGUAUCCUUGACUAAGCUGCCAACUUCACAAACCCAUCUGCAAACUGCAAAUUCUAAACUGCCAGCGUCGGGAACGAAGCUGCCGUCGGAGGUAAAACUGCCGUUGAAGACGAAGCUGCCGUCGUCUGAUGACGAUCCCUUUUCUGAUGACGAUGACGAGUUCCUCAAAUCUGUAACUCAGGCGCUUAAGCAGGAGCCACCCCAACCUCAGCCGGCAAAACUGCCGGCUAAACAAGUUGUGACCAAAGAGCAUUUGUCUCCUUUGAAGGUGCCACUUACACAACCGAAGCAGAAACUGUCGCAGUUAAAGCCACCUGUUACGCAGUCCGAUUACGAUAUCAAGUCCCUUGAAGACAAUCUUGUGUCAUUUGAUCCGGAAGCAAACACCGCUGAGUGUGCUUUUGAGCGGGAACAAUUCGCCCGCUUCCUCAUCACUUCACUCAUUCCUCAAACUAUUCCCAAAUCAGGCAAACGUCAACUCAUCAUGGGCGUUACUGACCAUCACGGUAAAGCUACUCGAAUCGUUGUCCGUGGUGAAUAUUUGGAGCUUGCAUUUAAAUUAGGCGACAUUGUCCACGUCAUUUUCACCCAUCCCACAAAUCGCCAUCUUGUGGAUGAUUCUAUUAAUCUAUUGAUUUGGCAUCCAGAUACCCUUGUUCUGGCCACCGCUGUCGCCUCGCAACUUGUAUGCCCGAGAAAGCUGGUGUUUAUGAGUCGCUUCAACAUUCCCGGUGAGCCGCUGGUGGUGAUUAUCAUUGGGUAUGUUGUGCAUGAAAUAUUUCAACACUGUCUUGCUGAAGGUAAAUUCGAACAAAGGCAAAUGCCAACGCUCGUUGACGACCUUAUACGACCAUAUCAAAACCAGUUGUGGAUAAUUGAUGAAGAUAUUGACGCGAUCAAAAACACCAUCUUUGAUGAGCAUCUUCCCAAUAUUAAGAAGUUCUUUGAACAAUACUUUAACGGAAGAGGUUCUCCAAUAUCCUAUAAAAGUGGGACCCCGGUGCGACAGCUUCGCCUCAAAAUUCAUGAGUGUCUGCGAGUUGAAGAAGAGAUUUGGCUGCCAAUGUUCGGUCUCAGGGGUUUAAUUGAUGGUUCGCUUUCGGCUUCAGUUCAAACGAAGGAUACUACCGACAAUUUGAUUCUUCCGCUCGAAAUAAAGACUGGUAGAGGAUAUGUCACCCAUGCAGCUCAGGCCACACUUUACUCGCUUCUUUUCAAAGAUCGCCAUCAAUUGGACGUCCCUGCUUUCCUUUUAAGCUACACGAAGUUGGAUGAAAUCGCUUUAUGGCUGGUGCUGCCCUCGGAACUUAAAAGUUUGAUCAAUCUCCGCAAUCGCGUCAGUCCGUAUCUUCUUUCCGGUGGUGAUCCUGGACUUCCCCCGCUUCUUCAACUGUCGGAAUGCGAUCGUUGUGAAAUUAAGGCCCAUUGUAUGACGAUGUACGAGAUGUGUGAAGCUGGAAUUCCAACUGAACUGGGUAUCAAUGGGGAGGAAUACGCUGAGCUUACUGGUCAUCUUGAUAUGGAGGAUGGGGAGUUUUUCGAGUACUGGAACGAUUUGAUAACCAAAGAAGAGAAUGUCGUAAGGGGGCUGAUGAAAUAUUUGUGGACUAUGACUGCCGCCCAACGGCUGCAACGAAAUGGUGAGGCAAUAGGAGACUUAUCAGUACUACUGCAACAGGGCAAUCAAGUGGAGUUAACACGCUCGGCUAUGGACACCAUCAUCGACGUGGGAGAGCGAGUGAUUGUGCUGCUGGAGUCUCGUGGAGCACAUGUUUGUCUUGCUAGAGCUAAUGUAACAGCGAUGACUCCCGAGUCGAUCUCACUCCGGCUCAGAACUCCGCAUGACUUUGCGAAAACUGAUAAGUUCCGACUUGACCGUGAUAACUUUGCCAGUGGCAUGAAUCAUGUGCGCUUCAACUUGUUGAACUUGUUCCUUGCUGACGGAGACAGAAAGCGACGCGAGCUUAUCGUGCAAAAGCGACCCCCAAUCUUCAAUAAGGCACCAUGCUUCAAGCCCCGAUUAGGCUCUUUGAACCCGGACCAAAUUCAAGCAUUAAAUCAUUGUCUUCGGGCGGAAGACUACGCUCUCAUUUUGGGCAUGCCGGGGACAGGCAAAACCACGAUGAUCGCCCACCUUAUCACUGAGCUAGUCAGCCAAGGAAAGCUGGUUCUUUUGACGCUGUAUACCCACCUGGCCGUCGAUACAAUCUUACUAAAACUCGAGGUACCUUACAUGCGAGUCGCCAGUCUGAAGCAAGCCGUUCACCCUCUUGUUCGUCCAUUUAUCCCUCUUGAUGAGUUCCGUGAUAAAGAAGGCAUGAUUGCAGCAUACCUGGCCCCGGUGGUUGCUCUGACGUGUUUGGCACUCAAUGAUAUAACAUUCCUCAUGAGAUCACACUUUGAUUAUUGCAUUGUUGACGAAGCAUCACAGGUAUCUUUCCCCGUGUGCUUGGGCCCACUCAGAUUUGCGGAUAAAUUCAUUCUUGUUGGCGAUCAUAACCAGUUACCUCCCUUGGUGGUUAGCGGAGAACUCGAAACACGCAAAGGGUUGCUGGUGCUGCUUUUCCAGUAUCUUGCCGAUGCAUUCCCUGAGAGUGUCGCUGAGCUCCGCCUUCAAUAUCGGAUGAAUGGCGCCAUCAUGUCAUUGUCUAACCAUAUGAUCUAUGGGCAUAAUCUUCGAUGCGGCACGAAAGAAGUUGAGCAGCGCAAACUCGAAUUCGACGAUGGAUGGCGAAACCAGGAGAUGCCACUGUGGUUGAAAUGGACAAUUGACCCGAACCAUGCAGUGGUAUUUUUGGACCACGACAAAUUAGGAUCUCGAACCACAGAGAAGACUGUUGGGGAUCGGCAUGUUGAAAACUUUGGAGAGGCCGAGUUGGUUCGACAAACGGUUGUUCAGUUAAUGGCAUCAGGUGUUGCUAGCAGUGACAUUGGUAUUAUGGCUUUGAAUCGAGGCCAAAUCCAACUACUUGAACGUGUCGUCGGACCAUGUGGUGCUGAUAUCGAAAUCAUGACUGUGGACAGAUACCAAGGUCGGGAUAAAGAGGUCGUGAUUCUUCUGUUUGCCCGGCUGAAUGCGGACAAGCGCUCUGGAGAAUUGGUCAAAGAGUACAGACGUAUCAACGUUGCCAUCACCCGUGCAAAGUGUAAAUUCAUUAUGAUGGGUCUGCGGUCAACACUUGAAUCGGCAGCAACCAUGAAGAAGAUGUUUGAGUUGUUGGACAAACGAGGGUUUGUCUAUGAAAUCGAAGAGGAUGUCGAAUUGGACUUGUCAUCAAGUCCUCGAACUAAGCGGGCCAAAACUGAUCUGAAGUUGGUUUCCGCACAUCCCAUCAUCAGGGACGUGAUUAAUAGCAUUUAA